GUAACAUGCAUCACGUGAUGAGCUUGUAAGUAUCGGUAACGUUGUGCAUGUUACCUGCGCUAAGAGGACCUGCGCGUAGGCGGGUGUAAAGCUCUACCUAACUAGAGCUUUUUCAACACUGCACUAUACUUCCAACCAGUUGCAUUCAUCUUGGCCCAACACCUACCGAGCCUAGACGAGCCUUCUGACCUACCCUGGAGCAGAAUCGAUACCAGCCUUCAAACACACGAGCUGCCGACAACUGAGCGCACAUUGAUACACUCCCUGACAGCCAAACCUCUUCCAGCUGGUCAACAUGAAGCUCGUCAGAUUCUUGAUGAAAUGCGCUAACGAGACGGUGACGAUUGAGUUGAAAAAUGGCACAAUUAUACACGGCACCAUCACAUCAGUCUCGCCGCAGAUGAACACAGCUCUACGCAUGGUGAAGAUGACAGCGCGUGGCCAGGAUCCUCUCUCCCUCGACACUAUGAACAUACGCGGCUCUACUAUCCGCUACUUCAUACUUCCUGACUCACUUCCCCUCGAUACGCUGCUCAUCGACGAUUCCGUCAAGCCCAAAAAUAAGGCGCGUAAAGAGGCCGCCGAUCGCGGUGGCCGGGGUGGUCCUGGACGUGGGCGCGGCAGAGGACGUGGAAGGGGUCGUGGUCGUGGACGGUAAAGGCGAAAU